AUGCGUGGUUUGUUGGUAGUCGUAGCCUUGGCGGCCCUAUGUGCAGGGUUCGUGCAGAGUCUGGCCGUGUUUCAGUUCCGAGGCCACAAGUCCAUCGACGCAACGAUCUAUCUCAUUCGUCAUGGUGAGAAGGUGGACGAUGAUACGGUCGGGUUGUCCUUGACAGGCAAGCGUCGCGCGCAGUGCAUUGCGAGUUUGUUUAGCCAAGGCGACCACAAGGUCGAUGCGAUCUUUGCGCAGGAUUUCAAGAAGAGCGGCAAGCGUAUUCGCCCCUUCGCGACUGUCGAGCCCCUCGGGGAACGGCUUGGUAUCGAAGUGCAUCACAAGUGUGAUCGUGACGAUGUAGACUGUGCGGUGGAUUCCAUCAGCAAAGCUGUGGAUGAUGGCGCGAAGCGUGUGCUCGUGUGCUGGGAACACGACACGUUGAGCGAUAUUGCGGACAAGCUGGGUAUCAAGGAUUUGGAGUACCCUGACGAUCGUUUUGAUAUCGUGUUCCAGCUCCACGAUGGCGCUAUGCAGCAGAUCUACUCGGAGGGCUGCCCAAGUAUCGACGUGCAACACACGUCCGCCUCUCAUUUCGCCCGAUAG